GAAAAGGGUUUGCUCUCACAGCCGUUUCGACUCUCACUUCGUCUGUCUGGCAGGUCACGCUUGAGCUCUUCAGCUCUUCCAAGCUCCAGCCAUGGCCGUUGGGAAGAACAAGAGGAUUUCCAAGUCCAAGAAAGGAGGAAAGAAGAAAGCGGCUGAUCCGUUUGCCAAGAAGGAUUGGUAUGAUAUCAAGGCCCCUUCGUUGUUCCAGAACAAGAAUGUGGGUAAAACCCUCGUCUCCCGUACUCAGGGAACCAAGAUUGCUUCAGAAGGACUCAAACAUAGAGUCUUUGAGGUAUCGCUUGCUGACCUUCAGGGUGAUGAGGAACAUGCUUACAGAAAGAUGCGAUUGAGAGCUGAAGAUGUCCAAGGGAGGAAUGUUCUUACAAAUUUCUGGGGAAUGAACUUCACAACCGACAAGUUGAGGUCAUUGGUGAGGAAAUGGCAAACUUUAAUUGAAGCUCAUGUGGAUGUGAAGACCACAGACAACUACACUCUCCGGUUGUUCUGCAUUGGCUUCACCAAGAGACGUCCAAAUCAGGUCAAGAGGACCUGUUAUGCACAAUCUAGCCAGAUUAGACAGAUCCGCCGUAAGAUGAGGGAGAUCAUGGUCGCCCAGGCGACAUCUAGUGAUCUAAAGGACUUGGUUCGCAAGUUCAUUGCUGAGAGUAUCGGUAAAGAGAUUGAGAAGGCAACCAUGAGCAUCUAUCCAUUGCAAAAUGUCUUCAUCCGGAAAGUCAAGAUCUUGAAAGCACCAAAGUUUGAUCUUACCAAGCUAAUGGAGGUCCAUGGUGGUAAUGAAGAUGUUGGUCAGAAGGUUGAAAGACCUGCUGAAGAAGCAGUGACUGAGCCCCCACCAGAAAUCGUUGGAGCUUAAAUGCAGCCUUUGUUCAUUUUCUUCUAUUUUAGAGUUGCUCGAUUUAUGUUUUGUGAACUUGAAGACCGUAUUACUUGCUGCUUGUUAUGUUCUAGCUGUGAGGAAAAGAAAGUUGCAUGACCGAAAUUUUGUGCUUUAAUCCAAAUACUAAGUUUUUAUUAUAUUUAUAAUCCGAGAUUAUCUUUGAAU